AUGGAAAAUAAUGAUCUAUGCGAAUUGAAUGAUCUGGAUGAUGAUGUUAUCCUUAACAUAUUGGAGAAGAGGUAUGCUUCUGGAAGGAUUUAUACCAAAUCCGGGCUAAUAUUUCUGGCUCUUAAUCCAUAUGAAAACAUUAACUCUCAUGACAUAAAGACUUUGCAGCCGUCUUCUGACUAUUCUGGCAAUGUACAUGUCUAUGAUGUGGCGGAGGCAUCGUAUCAAGAUUUAUUUGUCCAUGGAAAUCAAACCAUUGUAAUUAGCGGGGAGUCCGGGUCUGGAAAAACAGAAAACACAAAACUAGUUAUAAAGUACUUAGUAGAAAGAACAGCAAGCAAUGCAUCUAUCGAGAGAAACAUAGCAGCCGCCAAUGCGAUUUUGGAAGCAUUUGGAAAUGCACAGACUGUUCUCAAUGAUAACAGUUCGAGGUUUGGAAAAAGGAUCAAGCUAAUGUUUGAUGGAAAAAUAACCGGAGCUAGGUUUGAGACAUAUCUCCUCGAAAAGAGCAGGGUGACUCACCAUGAAGCCGGAGAAAAGAACUUUCAUAUAUUUUACCAAUUUUGCGCCUUUAAGGACUUUAACUUGAAGAACGAUUUCAUUGACACUUCAAAUCUACUAGGAGAUAGAGAAAGCACUAUGCGCCUGUCUGAAGAAUAUGAGGCAACAUGUUCUGCAAUGAAAAGCAUAGGAAUAACCUGUAUAAAAGAGAUUGAGAAAUGCCUUUUAGGAAUUCUAUAUUUAGGGUCUAUUCAAUUCAGCAGUGAUGGGAUUCUCAAGGUUGUGAGAAAUGAGUGUUUUACUGAAUUCUGCAAGCUUCACCACAUCCAAGAAGACGUAUUUGAGGAAUCACUUGUUAGAUUUUCGAUAAAAGUCAAGGGAGAAACGAUAGAGGUCUUCAACACUUUGAAGCAAGCCAUCACAAUAAGAAACUCUAUGGCCAGGUUACUUUACUCGAACAUAUUCAACUAUAUUACAACAUCCAUAAACAGCUGCCUGAGUGGAAGCGGAGAGGUUUCUAUCUCUGUUCUUGAUAUAUUUGGAUUUGAGGUUUUUGAAAACAACGGCCUUGAUCAGCUUUGCAUAAACUGGACAAAUGAGAAGAUACAGAGCGACUUUAUUAGGAAGGUUUUCAGAGAGAAGCAGGAAAUGUACAAGGAGGAAGGCAUUGAGUGGAAUGAUGUCGAAUUCUUUGACAAUAACCAAUGUAUUCUUGACUUUGAAAAGCCCUGUGGGCUUAUGGAUCUAAUAAGUGAGGAGAGCUUUAAUGCAUGGGGAAAUACUAAAAACCUAAGCAUGAAGAUAAAAAACUAUUUGAAUGGAAAUAUCAGGACUAAGGCGGAUGAUAGGAUAAUAGUAUCCCACUAUGCAGGGAGCGUGGAGUACGAUCUAAGGUCAUUUUUAGAUAAGAACAGAGAAAAAGGAAACCUAAGGAUAUUCAAGAAUGAUCUUAUCAUUGAUGAAGAAAGCAAAGAGGAUCUAGUUAAGUAUUUCAAAGAUUCCAUGAAUAGGUUACUCCAUUCCAUAAAUGAAACUCAAGCAAAAUAUAUAAAAUGUAUAAAGCCCAAUGCUCACAAGAAGCCAAAAGUAUUUGAUAGAUUAUUAGUAUCAAAACAGCUUGUAGAGUGUGGAAUUUUGGAAACCAUAAGGGUAAGUAAGCAAUGUUUCCCACAGGAAAUAAGGAAGGAUGAGUUUGAAAGUCGCUAUAAAAUUCUUGAGCCUACGUUAUUCGAUAUGGUCAAUGUGAAAAAGGGGAAAACAAGGUACUUUAUGAGCAACGAGACCCUAAAUAUCUUAGAAGCACGCAGGCUUCUAUUUUAUGCUGAGUGUUUUAGAAAUAUCAAGCACGCCUUGAGAGGCUAUCUGAGUGGACGAGGUCCCGAUAAAAAGCAAAGCAUUACGUUUGUGAGUAGGGAUAUGAAUGGAGACGUUCCACUUACGGAUCAUAAUUCCAUGGAGCUCCUAGUUGAAGGGGGCGAAGAUAUUGAAGAACUCCAAGAUUCAAAAGAAGACACUGAGGAGCAAAGAAGCUACAAGGAGAUAAUACGAGAUCUAGAACUCAAGAUAGAACAAUACAAAAGAUUCUGUGAGGCGCCUUGUAGGAAUUGCAAAUCUCUUGAGCUGAAGUACAGGUUCCAGAGUGAAGCUCUAAAGAAAAAAAAUAUGGUUGAGUUGGAGCUCGAGAAAUACAAAGCAAAGGUUGAGGAUCUUGAAAGGCUUCUUUUAGAAAAAGAAGAGGACGACGACGAUUCGCAGAUGAGUGUGUCGUUUACCAAUUCUUAUAAUGUGCUCAGCUGCCUGGUACAAUUGUAUUUGGAGUUUGUUCCUACGUUUUCGAACGAGGAAGUACCUAGACCUGAGGUUUUGAGUCUGGCGCAUUCUGCAUUUUACGCUGUGAAUAAGCUUGGGAAGGAUAUAGUAGAAAGCUCAGUAUGUAUGAUGAAUGAGAUUAGCCUUAAGUUACACAUGUUUGAGAGAAACAUACAUAAGGUUUCCUUCAUUCUAUCCAAUCUUAUUGAAUACGAAAGCAUUCUCCGUGGGCAGGGAAUCAAUAAUGUAAGCGAGGUCAAAAAUCUCGUAUCUGUUUUGUUCAAACAUCUUUGUGAGCUUCAGAGAAGCUCUCUUCUUGAAGUCCUUCCCUAUGCUGUCAUAGAACACCAGCAGCUAUCAAAAUUCAAAUGUAACGAAGGAUACCUCAAAAAAAUAUUCAAACCUCCUCACAUUUCCAAACUUAUACGUCUCCUAGAAUACUUUUAUCACCAGAUGUCCUACUAUUACAUCCCGGACACAUAUAUUAUGGAAUCUGUCAAUUAUCUUCUCAAAACCAUAAACGUUUCCGUCUUCAACGAGAUCCUGGUUAAGAAAAACUUCCUUUCCUUCAACCGGGGAGUCCAGAUAAAUUACAACAUAAAUGAGAUAGACAAGUUUUGCAGAAGCAUAAAUUAUCUGGAGGGAAUGUUUAAUCUGUCCCACACCACAUCAAUAAUAAGACUUAUCAAUCUUGUCGAGUCCCGAGCAACGGCAGAUCUGAUUUUAGAUGAAUGCUCUAUUUUGAACUGUGUCCAGAUAAAUGAAAUUGUGUCGAAACUCGACGCUGAGGCAUCGUAUUUCUUUGGAAACGACAAUAGAAAUGACAAGUUUAUUUCAGAUCCCACCGUAACACUACCCUCCUACACAGCUGUAUCCCCACAUUCCUUUAUAUGUCCUAGGUACCUGCCUUCAGAAAGCUUGUUAUCUAUUCUGAAGUCAAUAAGGUAA